GUGAGAUUCAGCGUCUAAAGAAGUCACGACGUUAUACGAGUGUAACCUGACUUGGUGAAAAAACAGCAAAUUAUACUCGUCUGUACGAGUGACCAACUGGCAUUGCACGUUGCGUGGGGACAUAGUAACAUAACUGUGUGACCGGCGGUGAUCGCAUCCAAUCCAGUGCGUGGGAUCGCAUGGCAGGACGAGGCAAGCUGAUCGCGGUGAUCGGAGAUGAAGACACCUGCACCGGAUUCCUGCUCGGAGGCGUUGGAGAGCUGAAUAAGAACCGUAAACCCAAUUUUCUGGUGGUCGAAAAGGACACAAGCAUCACCGAGAUCGAAGAGACCUUCAAGAGUUUCUUGGCUCGAGAUGACAUUGGGAUCAUUCUGAUCAACCAGUUCAUUGCAGAAAUGAUCCGGCACGCUAUUGAUGCUCACAUGCAGUCCAUCCCAGCUGUGCUUGAGAUCCCAUCUAAGGAACAUCCCUAUGAUGCUUCCAAGGACUCCAUUUUGCGCAGGGCCAAAGGCAUGUUCAGCGCAGAGGACUUCCGGUAAACCUCCCCGAAGAGGCAGAGGAUGUCCUGAAGCAGAUUAUAGCUUGGAAGAAGAAAGUUCACAAAACCUUCUCUGCCAUUCUUAUUUUAUUUGUGUGUCAUUUUCAGAAUUCCAUUCCAUGCAGGCGAAUAGUGGGGAAAAGGGGAAGAGGGAUGAGACAUUUCCAUACAAAUCUGUUCUAUCUUAAUUUGAAGGAUGAAAAUAUUUGGUCCUGUAUAAAACAGUCGUUGGUCGUGCAAGUUUUAUUUAUUUUGGCUAUUUCUUUAUGUCAUAUGAUGUGUGUAAUUGUAGGAGAUAGCUGGUACAUUUCGUCUGGUAAAAGUCAAGUUUUGUUUUAGGCAAUUGUAUCUUUUUAAAAUUGUGAUUUUGAAUUUAAGUGUCAACAUCGGUGGGGGGGGGAAGAAAACUGCUGCUUUUAGUGGUAUGUGAGGUUUCGGUUGUGUAGGUUUGUGACUGAUACAGUACAUGAUUCAUUCGGGUAAGAAGAUCUGCUACACAUUCAUCCUCUCCCAUUGUAUCCUGAGUCAUUCCUCCCAACCCCCUGUCCAGUGUUCGUAGUUAGGUCUGCCUCCGUGUUCCCAGCUUGUCAGAGACAUCAGCUAGGUGACUACAAACAAGUUUGCUUGUUUUAACCACAAACAGCAUUCAGCAGUGUUACUGGUGUGUAACAGAUAAUGUACACACCAGUAACACUGGUAAAGGACUCUGAACCUGUUCAUUCCUGACAGAAGUGGAUUGUGUGCUAUAAUAUACAAAGAGGCACUGCUUUGAAUACUGCCACUGGGUGUGUGUGGCGGUGGAGGGGAACAUGUUUAUGGUGAAAGUUAUGAAUUUGGACUUUUCUGCCAUUGUUGAAUCUGCUUCUAUUGGCCAUUACAAAAGGGUCUGCAUAUAACCAAUAUUAUAGAAGAACUAUAGUAAUAAUUUAUUAAUUUAAAUGGAUGUUAAGACUGCAUUUUGUCCUUACUGGAUAUGUAAUGUUUGUGAACUUGUUACCCACAAUGUAUAGAAAUGUAACAUCUCAUUAUAAAUGUUUAAAAAGCUG